UCUCUCGGCGGCGUAUACGACGAUCUUAUGAUCCAUUCCACCGGGACAGCGCUCGACUGCCUGGUUGUACGCGGUUUUUCAAGUAUCUCGACGCAAAUGUACUCGUAAAAUACGCGCGUAUUAUACAUUUACGUUCGUUGUGCGUUUUUCGGCGGUGUUUCUCGAUGUUUUCGCGAUCUUUUUUCGAGUUUUUAUUUCGAUGAUUAUAGUUUUGGCGACGCGAUUUUAAUGUGGCGAUACGAAUGCUGUUGUUGAUAUUGAUUCUGUGGCGUGUUGAUUUUUCUCAUACCUUUUAUUGAUGUUUGUUUAAAAAUUGGUGUGUUUUUUUUUAAAUGCUCGUACAUUGAACCAGUGAUAGUGUUUUUGUACUGUGUGUUCUUAUUUACAUAAGUGCUGCUGCUGUGGAAAUUUCGACUGUGGAUAUUGCCAGGAUCAUUUUGAGAUUUUUGCUGGCCGACAACAUUACAUACAGAUAUGAUAUCUAGAAGGCGGAUUUUAUCCCGAUCCCGAGAUGAUCUCAGUCUUCACGAUCCACACGGCUAUAAUCCCGAAGAAGAGGAAGACGUGUGGUACAGCAAAGACAAACUUUAUAAGGAUCAUAUACAAGAAGUGCUAGAUAAAUGGACGCAAAUCGAUGACGAAAUCUGGGCCAAAGUUAUCGUCUUGGAGAGGAAUAGAAGAGUUGCCAAAGCAUACGCCAGAGCACCAGUACUCACUAUCAAUGGAUCCGAUGAUGGAUUCGAUGGCGUUAGGAUCGGUUUAUGCGGAUUUGAUAAUCCAUUACGAGAUGCUAAAACAGAAGAGGUGAAAAAACAUAUCGGAAAUGGUGUCAAAUUGAAAAUGGACGACCAAGGCAAUAUUUUAGUGAAACGAUCAUCCAAAUGCAACAUUUACGUCAAGAGUACCAGCGAAGGCGAAGAGAAUAGCAUAGGAGCGGAAAUUUUAAAACUAUCCAAUGGCGCUUUAGAGCCAGAUAAACCAUUUAAAUUAUUCGAUAUGAAAAAAUUUCAAGCCAAUGUUAGCCGCGAGCUACGCAGAGCCUACCCAGACCGUAGAAGAUUAGAGUGCCAGUGCUUGAGCGCUAUAUCGUUUGUUAAAAAUGAAACCGAACUGCUGGACUGUCCUAUAUGGGUUCUAAUUAUUAACGUGGUCGCUAUGGAUAUGCUCAAAUCGAAAUUACCGCCAGUUAAACGCACUGUAGAUAUCAAAAACCGUCCCAGGAUUCCGAUUCCCGACGAAGACCCGUACAGCGUAGCCGGAAGUGGUACCGGAUCAUCGGGAAGCUCUUCCGGAACCAAUGGUAUUUCAAAUGGAAACGGUAGCAUGGUGGCUGCGACCAGAGAACAAUUGCUCAACCAGCAACGUAGCAGAGAUAAACCUCCCAAAUUACCUCCACGAGAUAACGGACCAUACCCUCAUGAUAUUCCAAAGCCUGACUAUGACGAUAUUCAAGAAGAAGAAGAACACGAGAAUAGAUUAGUCAUGGAUGAACGUCGUAUCCCAACCAAUCGCGGAUCCGGCCACAAAUUGUCCUCGAAGGAGAAAAAAUUCAGUAAUAUUAACGAUGACCCUUAUUAUUGCGGAAUGAGAGCCCGUGUACCGAACUUUGUCAAAACAAAAGUCAAGGAAAACAAAGGACCUCCUCCGGUCAUCAACCGUUAUUCGAUGAUUGGCACAUCUAUAUCGAAUGGACAUCUGGCUUCUGCUCACGCACCCCAUCAUCAUCCAGUCAUGUGGCACGCCCGUAGUUACGAUAGCGGUAUGGAUUCGGAGUUCCUAGAUUCGCCUUAUAAUCACAUUUAUGGAAGGUUACCAAUCCCGACCAGAGGGUAUAUUCCUCCGACCCCUCGAACAAUGUACAUCGGAGAUUGGGACUGAACUUUCGAAGCUUUCAUUUGUACUAUUAUUCGAGCAACAACCUUUUUAUUUUAUUUUUUUUCAAAUAGACGCGAACGACAUUUUCCGAAGUUAAUUUUAUACUAUGUAUUGAUUGCACUGCCUAUUCUAAGCGUCUCGAAAAUUACGUUAUACAUAGAUACGUAUUUUUUUCUAUCGUUUAUUUGCUCUUUUUGUCCAUGUAUGAUGACGUAAUUUUCUCUCUAUCAAGAGGUAUGUUGACCAUCUAGGGCCUCUUGAAUCAUGUUCUUUUUUUUUCUAUUAUAAUGCAGCUUCGCAAUCAUCGUACGAAUAGCUUUUGAUUUUUUUUGUAAAUUAUUUCUUUUUACGCGAUGCAGUAUUAUUUUUACCUUUUUAUCUGUCUCGUUUUUUUUUUUUUUCGUUAUAUUUAGUCAAUUUUUUUUUAUAUUAUUACUUUUUUUAAAAAAAAAAGUCGAACUGCGUAUGAGCCUUUUUUUUAGCACCCUGUAUGAGUGAAAGGUCGUAAAUGUGUGGAAUGAGAUGGUUUCUGAAGAGUUUGUGAUAAAGUGUGUUUUGGUCCUUCGGGUCGGGUGAUUCGAAGCUGUCAUUCAAUUCGAUGGGGUUGAGAUAAGAGCGAUGUAGAGUGGAAUCAGGGUAAGAGCAAUGAUGUAAAAAUGUGUCUUAACUGUUUUGCAGCAACAAAACAUCGAGCUAACCGUCAUUAUCUUUGUGUUUAGGUUAUUAAUACGCAUGUUUAUAUACCAUUUUUUUUUCUUCUUCAGUAUUGUAAAUUUAUUAAUACGAGUUUUUUUUUCUCUUAAGUUUAAUGUUAUAUUAAAAAAAAAUUGAACCAUUGUAUUAUAGGAAAAUUUUAAUGCAAUAAAUAUUUUAUCGUA